UCACCUCUCACAGGACUAACUUCACCUUUCGAACAAAUCAAGUCACCAGAUACUGAAAAGAUGGAAACUUUAGCGAUCGUCUGUAUUUUGGCGUGGAUGCUUGCCUAUACAUCAGCUUUGCAAACAUAUUACAUGGAGGAAGGAUGCGGAGCAUCGAUCAACAUGAUGACACGGAAUGAAGAUUCGAUCAUCCUGCGGUUGUCCCGGAACCCGACCCACCGUCCUAAUCAGGACUGUGUGGUUGCUAUCGAACCCCCUCUUGGAAAGGACAUCUCAGUGACCUUCCGUGACCUUGACGUAGAAUCUGGCCCCACUGGUCAGUGUACGACCGACUUCGUUAGGAUGUACGAUGGAAGGAGUGGUCAAGCACAGUUCGUCCAAGGCCUACCCCAGACCAUAUGUGGUAACAGCAAUAUGAUGUUGACCCGGUCAUACGAGACCCGCCUCGGUUACCUCACUGUUCAGUUCCAGAGCCGAUCUCAGAUCGUCAACAGGAGGGGAUUCGAACUUCUCAUCAGCGCCUUCAGGCGAGGACCCUGUCAGGGAGGCGAGACCCAAUGUUACAAUGGCCGCUGUAUCAACAACAACCUGAGGUGUUCCGGGUACGAUCACUGUGGGGACGGUACCAACCUCUGUCCUCUCCCACUCGAGGCCAGCGUCGCCCUCGGAGUCGGCGGUAUCGUCGUCCUCGUCGUAAUCAUUGCUGUCAUUGGAGUGUGUAUCUACAAGAAAAAGAGGAGUUCAUCGAUGAAAGAUGAGAUAUCCAAAGAACAGAUGAGGAAGGAUCAGUAUCACAACGUUAGCGGCGAGAGCAUCAGGGUCAAGACCGUAUCCAACGGCAACCUGCACUGACUUCGUGCAUCUCUCGGUGCCAUUGCCGACACCAACAAGUUCUUCGCUAUCCUCUUGGAUUACAUAGGCCGAGGGACAACGCCAAAAAUUACAGAGGGCGCCACGGAAGGAUCGACAGAUGGCGCCACUGAAGGAUCUGCUGAUGGCACCGCUGAAAUUUAUAAAAGAGGCGUAAUCGACGGAUCCACAGAUGGUGCCGGUGACGACAUCGCAGAGAUACAAGUCUAGCUAGUUAUAACAGGAACCGGAAGUUGAUCGAAUGAACUGAACAAAAUCCGCCAAAGGCUAUCUUUGUACUGUUUCGUGAAUUUUGAUAUUUUCGUACUAAGAUUUCGAAGGCCGAAUUUGAGCAAAUUUCGACGACUGUUAAGAACAUUUACCGACAUUUUGAUUUAUAAAUAGAAGAGUGUGUACGGCUCGCGUUACGUAACUAAUAGGUGCUAUCCUUUCUCAUCAGACCUAGUGUGUAAAUGUGAUUUUAGUGUCCUGUAUAUACCUAUCAUAUGUCCCACACCUAUAAAUACCUCGCCAUUUUUACCUGUAGUCUAAUUUCAUGUAGAUCACAAACUUUGUGUAACCGAUAGUUUUACAAUUGUAUAUAAACAUUUUUAUACGAACGUAGUUUCCAAUAAAAGGUACCUUAUAUU